AGCAGUUGUCUAUCGGCCAAAAAUACCACAACAAAACAAUUGUAAUUUUGUUUUCCGACAAAUAAUUUGUGCGCCGCAAACAUGUCGCUAACAGUACGAAUUUUUACACUCUCGCGUAAUGGUCAGCGCAUGUUUGGCACCAACGGCGCACGCCUGUUUGCCGCCCAAAAGGAAGCCAAGGACAUAGUGCCUGUGCCCAAGGGCUAUGUUUACGUUAACAACAAGGAACUGAGCAUGGAUUUGGAUGCUAUCACAGAUCGUGCUGCCACCUCAAUGUUUUUUGGCGAGCUGUUCCGUGGCUUUGCUGUAACACUGGCACACAUUUUCAAAGAGCCGGCAACGAUUAACUACCCGUUCGAGAAAGGGCCACUGAGCCCACGUUUCCGUGGCGAGCAUGCACUUCGUCGGUAUCCAAGCGGCGAGGAGCGCUGUAUUGCCUGCAAGCUUUGUGAGGCCAUUUGCCCCGCCCAGGCUAUCACUAUUGAGGCCGAGGAGCGUGCUGACGGCAGCAGGCGCACGACUCGAUACGAUAUUGACAUGACCAAGUGCAUAUAUUGCGGUUUCUGUCAGGAGGCCUGUCCAGUCGAUGCGAUUGUUGAGGGUCCAAAUUUUGAGUUCUCGACGGAGACGCACGAGGAAUUGCUAUACAACAAGGAAAAGCUCUUGUGCAAUGGCGAUAAAUGGGAAUCAGAGAUUGCAUCCAACUUACAAGCCGAUCAUCUGUACCGCUAAUUCUUCUCUGUACAUAUUAGAUUUUUGUUUAGAAAUGUUUUUCCAAUUAAAGAACUUCGGGUAACACUGAUAA